AAUUGUCCGAGUACAAAAUUACGACGGGGACCAAUUGUCCGCAUAUGACAUUGUUUCGCGAGGACCAAUUGUCCUAAAUCCUUCGCAUACCUACUUGUUACUGUUAUCAAUUAUCAUAGCGUGUGAUUAACAUUUACUUUUCUUUUUAUCAUACUAAACGAGGUUUUGAAAUUUGAAUACACGCUGUUGAAUUUUGCUCACAACAAGUAGUUAGGUGUAGUACUUACUCGGAGUUCAGUUUUAUUGGAAUCAAGCGAUUUGAACAAACGGUUCGCCAGAGGAUUCGACAUUAUUUCCGGCACGGUCUUGUAACAUUCAAUACAGAAAUUACAAUCAACUAAUACACCAUGUCAAUUAAGGAUGUUCGUUUUGGUUUCAAUUUUUUAACAGACACAAAUAUCAAGGCAUGUAUGGAUUCUGUGGAAGAAUUAGAUCUCACAUUUGCUUGUUUAUCAGUAUCAUGUCUUAGGUUAAAAUCUAAUUCUAAAGUAUUGGAUCCAUUAAAUACUGUUAUGAAUCCUGAGUUUUGUCAAAAAUGGUGUCAUUGUGUUGUCGCAAAAAUUCCUCUACCUAAUGUGGAUUCAGAAGUCGAAAGUACUAGAUUAGAAAAUCAAAAAACAUUUACACAAGACAUUUCAUGGGCAACAUUUUUAAAUGUGUACUGCAUAAUGUUUGAGUUACCACUAUACGGCGAUGUUGUAAAUUUGGUUAGAUUGCUAGACAAUCAAAUUGAUAUUUAUAUAAAUUCUGCUGUAUUAAUACAGUUUUGGGCAUUAGUACCAAUAGUCAACUUAAAAACAGAUCCAUGGAAAAAAUGGACUAAAUUCAUAUCAUCUAUAAGAAAUGUAAAUAGAAUAAAAUUAGCAUUGGAAAUUGGGACUGAGUUACCUAGCAAUGAAGAACUUGACCGUUGGUUAGGAGAACCAGUUGCCGCUUUAAUAAUACAGUCUAAAACAUUUUUGACAAAUAGAAAAGGUUACCCAGUAUUACCUAAGCCUCAUCAAGAAUUUAUCAAAAAAAUGUUCAAUAUUGGUUGUCAAAUCGUAAUAUCUGGAGAGUUAGGUAUUAAACAACAAUUCAAUUAUUUAGCUCAUCUAUACCAAAAUACUACAUCAUUAACCCCUUAUAGCUCUGAUUUUAUUAGCGGCUUUGAAGAUUAUCUUCAGACACCAUUACAACCGUUGAAACAUAAUUUACAGUCUUAUGUUUAUGAGACAUUUGAACAAGAUCCUAUCAAGUAUUAUGAGUAUCAAAGAGCAAUAUCAAAAGCUUUAAAUGAUAAAUACGAAGAUAAAGUAAUUGUUGUUUAUGUUGUUGGCGCUGGUCGUGGUCCAUUAGUAGAUGCUACAUUUGAAGCAGCUAAGGAGUCAAAUAUAAAAGUUAAAAUAAAUGCUGUUGAGAAAAAUGAAAAUGCUUUACCAUCAUUGUUCUUAAAAAAUAAAGAAAAAUGGGGGAAUAGUGUUACUAUUAUUAAUGAAGAUAUGCGGUUGUGGAAUCCACCAGAAAAAUGUGAUAUUCUAGUGUCAGAACUAUUAGGAUCUUUUGGAGAUAAUGAAUUAUCCCCAGAAUGUUUAGAUGGAGCUCAAAAUUAUUUAAAAAAUGAUGGUAUCAGUAUACCUUCAAGUUAUACUUCUUAUCUUGGUCCAAUACAAUCACGUAAAUUACAUGCAGAAAUAUCGUCCAUUAGAAAUAAUAAAGAUAAUUGUAAUUUUCAAAAACCUUAUGUAGUACAAUUAAACAAUGUUUAUUCUAUAGCUCCUCCAAAAUCUCUUUUUACGUUUGUUCAUCCCAAAAAAAAUUUAGAAGAGAGUAAUGACAGAAGUGGGUUUUUGAAAUUCAAUAUUUCCCAAGAUUGUGUAUUGCAUGGAUUUGCUGGUUAUUUUGAAACUGUACUUUAUAAAGAUGUACGUCUUAGCAUUGUUCCAGAAUCAUUUAGUGAAGGCAUGUUUAGUUGGUUUCCUGCUUACUUUCCUUUAGUAAAACCAAUUUUUCUGAAUAAAGGAGAAGAACUUCAGAUUAAUUUUUGGCGGUCCAGUGACAAGUAUAAAGUGUGGUAUGAAUGGUGUAUGACUAAACCAUAUCAGAGUAUUAUACACAAUAUAAAAGGAGAAAUGUAUUUUAUGUCACUUUAACUCAUUUUGCUAGUCAUAAUUGUCAAUGUGUUUAUUUUGUAAUAACUGAAACCUGUAUGUUUUGUUAUUUUAUGAUAUAUUAUUGAAUUGCAGUUAUAAAAUAUUUUUUCAUGACUAACGUACAUUUAAAUGUUUGUUAUAUUUACCAUAAGUGAAACUACAAAUACUUAAUAAUAGUAAUAAUGUAAUAAUGAUCAUUUCAUCUUUUGAAUGAUAAAAUUAUAUUUUGAUAUUGUAUACAACUUUUUUUUUAUAAAAUAUAUGUACAAUAAUCUGUGUUAUAUUGUAUUCUACUAUACACUUGAUUACUUGAAAAUGUUUUUUUGUAAAAUGUUUGUAUAAUAUACAAACUAUGUAAAAUAGUCUUAAUUUUGAGGAAGAUUGACUAUUAUAUUCUAAUAUUAUUGUAUUUUACAAAUUUUUUUUGUAAAACACACUUCAAAUAAAUACAAAAAGCUUUAAUUUUUUAUUAUUCUUAAAUUUUUAAAUUCUUAAACUUAAAUUUAAAUUAUUUGUUCAUAUAAGUAUGUUUAUUAAUGUUGUACCUUGUUACUGUAAUGUAUUACUCUCAAAAAUUAGCCUUAAAAAACAUCCCUAAGUAUAAGUUGUUAUAAAUUACAUAAACUCCGGUUUGGUAGUAAAAGCAUUUUUUUUGAUGCAAGUAUAUAUUAUCAUGAGUUAUACUUUGUUUAAACUGGUAAAUAAAAUAGAAAUUCAAAAAUUU